CGAAGCAGGCCGCCUCCCCCGGAUGGCAACGACGCUCGCUCCCCGGACAUAUUCCAGAAACAUUUGGGUUGGUAGCAGCCAGAAUGGAGGCAGCAGCUGUGUGUUGCCAUGGCUGCCGUGUUGAGUGAUUGGUCACAUGAUUCGUCACAAACGCUGCAUUCAGAAACGUCGUGUGGCAGACCUUUUGUCUAAUUUUAUUCCGGAAGAUGAAGCGGCUCUUAUGAAAAAUGGGAGAUACACUUGUCUUGUAUGCUCCUACCGUCCUGUGUUUGAUACAGUAGACAUAUUGACAGUUCACAGGCAAGGAAAGAAGCAUCUAGAAGGAUUGAAAACAUUCUACGGCAAGAAAGCAAAGCUGAAGAUUGAAGUAUCGAAAAGACAACAUGAAAACUAUAUCCAGUCUGAAGAAAAACAACAGGAACCCUCCAGUUCAGCUCCUUUACUGGCACAAACACGGAAGCUCACCCAUCAUGCUUUACUAAAGACUGUCCCGUAUAACAGCUGCCACAGAAAAACCAGUACAAAACCUGAAAGAAGAUCUAUGAGUACUGUCUCAGGUGCCACUGGAAACCUACACAGCAAAUCUCCAUCUACAUCCUGUAAAACUGAAGUUUCAGAAACAUCAGCAAGCAACCAUGACGACUCUAAUGCAGUCGAAACAGAAGACCAGGCUGCAUUAACACAAGCUGCAGAACCUCUAACAGCCCAGAGGAGGAGGGAAAUGGAGCACUAUCUGAAACUGAAAAGUGAUGGGUGGGUGCAAGAUCGUAACGGCCAGUGGGUCAAAGACGAGAAUGUGGAGUUUGACUCGGAUGAGGAAGAACCUGCACCUCUGGUUCCCUUAUCUACAAGCUAGUGUCACAACAAAGAGCUGUGAGAUGCCCCUUAUUGUACCACAGUGGUACGCUUGAGCAACAAUUCUGUUUUGAAGAACCACAACUCCCAUCAGUGAGGACAUUGUGAAACUAACAAAACAGUUUUCUGGUCUUCCAUCAGAGUGUUUUGCUUUUCUUUUCUGAUUCUUUUCUUUUCACAUCCACUGUAGUGAGCUGUUUAAGCAACUACGUUGUCUUUGUUUUCCUUUUGAACCUUUAUGACUGCAGUGUCUUGCUUGACAAGUUGUUGCAACUCACCUGCACCGCCUGCAUGUCAACAGACAUGUUUUUGUGGGCCGUAACCUGCUGGUGUGAAAUAAAGUCACGAGAAACGGGAAGAAAACAGUGUUGCAAACGUUUGCGCAAGAUAAACUCCAAAUAACUUAUAACUUUUGUGUUAUGUUUCUUUGAUACAUAUUACUCUAAUCUACUUUUACUUUGGGUGUUUAAAGUAGUAUAUCAGGUAUACAUUCUAGGUUUCUUCCUAUCAGGUAUCAAGUCACAUUAACUUCACAAGUCCACCCGUGCAUUAAGAAUGUCAGUUCUGUUUAGCAAUAACAGCCGUUCUGUCACUGACCCUCCAGGCAUUUUCAUGGUUUAAAAAAUACAGAACAUGUAGCAUUUUUCUUCUUCUGUUAAACUCUGUGGCUUUCCAAAUGCACAACAGUUAUUUCUACUUCACUUGCUGGAAAUAGUAUAGUAAUACUAUUACUUCUACUAGAAUGGCAUUCAACAAGCACAUGCAUAAAGUCAAAUGAUUGUGAAUUAGCUUAAAAAAUGUAAACUUGCUGGAUCCAUAUAGGAAUCAACAAUGGAUAACUUAAGAGUUCAGGAGCAAAAUGAUCAAAUUUAAUGGCUCAACGAACUUUAAAUCGUUAUUUGUCAUAUUGUAAGUGUAAUCUAUGCUAAACCAUUAGCAGUUAUCAUGUCUGUUUCCAAAGUUUGAGAUCCGAGCUGUAGACAUUUCCACUUCCACACUUAGUAUUCAGAUUAUUUUCUAAAAGUUAAUUCUCUAAUACCUAAUUCUGUUAUCUGCAUGAUUUUUAGAGCUAAAUUUGAUUAGUUUAAUACAUUUUAAUUACAUUUUGUUUCAUUGGGGGUCAAUAUGUCUUAGUUUGAUUCACUGUUCGUUUUCUUCCUCAAUGAUCAUCUUUAUUAACACAAAGAUGAACAUGUAUUAGGAUCAGUAAAACUGUUAGUUUAAUAAUUUCCAGAAAUACUUGUAUAGGUUUCCAUGAGGAUCAUGCUAUUCACAACAAUAUUGUGUCAAAAUCAUAACAAGCCAGAUGUGAUGCAUGGUCUUAUUUGUACAAAGACAAAAAAAAAAUGUUUUAUGGAAAUAAAAAAGUAGUUGGCA